AUGGCCCUCGUGACCGCGCAAGCUCUGCUAACGUUUGCCUGCACUAUAAUCUUUUCUGUAUACAUCUUCACACCCAUACCACGUCCUCCAGUGCCAGAGGAAUCAACCUACACACACCCAAUCUCAAACACAAAACAACUGCAUCCCUCCCUAUUCGACGACUCGAACGGUGAUAUACACGUAUCGCUUGUCGUUCCAGCAUAUAACGAAAAGGAUCGCAUUGGAAUCAUGUUGGAUGAAGCACUUACCUAUUUCAAGGGUCGUGUGAAAAAGGACAGGGAAUUCAAGUACGAGAUUGUGGUUGUAGAUGAUGGAUCUAACGAUGAUACAACAGCAGUGUGUAAUGAGUGGGCAAAGACAAACAAAUGUGGAGAGUUGAGGGUUUUGACGUUUGUAAAAAAUCGGGGGAAGGGUGGCGCUGUUACCCAGGGAAUGCUGACAGCCCGUGGCGAAUGGAUUUUAUUCGCAGAUGCAGAUGGAGCAGCUAAAUUCGCUGAUUUGGAUAAACUAGAGGCUGCUACGGAAGCUAUAUUGAAGGACGGGCUUGGUGUGGGCGUCGGGUCGCGUGCUCAUAUGGUUAAUGCUGAAGCGGUUGUCAAAAGAUCAGCAAUCCGCAACUUUCUCAUGUACUCCUUCCACACCGUCCUCUUCAUCCUCGGCAUCUCAUCCAUAAAAGACACACAGUGUGGAUUUAAACUAUUCUCGCGCAACGCAGCCCAAAUAGUCAUUCCUAACAUGCACGUCGAGGGCUUCAUAUUUGAUAUCGAGAUGCUGCUGCUAGCUGAAUGGAAUGGUAUACCGAUGGUGGAGGUUCCUAUAUCGUGGCAUGAAGUGGCGGGGACGAAAAUGAACCUCGUGUGGGAUUCCGCGAGGAUGGCGAGGGAUUUGUUGCUGAUAAGGGCGAAUUACUUGUUUGGGUUGUGGAGUGUAGGGAGGUUUGUGCAUGAGAAGAGUAAGGGUGAGAGUAAGCAGGCUGGGUCUGCUGAUAGGAAGAAGAAGUGA